AUGGCUACUACUACCACCUCGACACCCGCGACCCGCGACCCCACCACCGACGAAGCUCUCGCGCUAUUCAAAGCGAUUGAAGAAAAGUUCCCGGCUAGAGCGCUUGGAGAUGAUAAGUGGUAUCUACUCGCUCUUGCAGCCAUAGUCAGCGGCGGCCAAUCCAACUUCGCGCCUUGCCUCUACAAACACCUGAUUGCGCGGCCCGAGUACCAAAGUGCAGAGGAGAGACAGAAGCUGCUGCGGCGCAUGCGCGAGGUACUGUUUAAACUCGUGAUUAUCGUGGGUGUGUGCAAGCCGCUUGAGGCGGUGUUUGAUAUUGAUGCUGCGGUGGAGAGGGAGGAGGAUAGGGAUUUUACGGCUACGCGGUAUGAUGGCUGGCAAUGCGACGAAGCGAAUUUGCAGCGCGGCGAAGCGUGGUUGGGACGGUUGUACAAGCAUAAUCUUCAGGGUACGAUUAAUAAUACUUUGGAUGCUAAUAAGGAUUUUGGUUGGCUUACCAAAAACAUCACCUACGGACUCUUUCUGUCUGAUCACAGUGUGCUCAACGAUGUCGAGACGGAAAUAACAGUCCUGACGGGUAUCUUCAUGCAGAAUCUCACUCGCGAAUCGGCGUGGCAUCUGCGGGGUUUGCGGAGGAUUGGGGUGGCGAAGGAGGAUGUUGAGGUUAUUCGGGAGUGUUGCGAGCUUACGGCGAGGUUUUGUGGUGUUAGUUUGCACAAGGUGCCAAGGGUGGAGGAUAUUGAGCAUGAGGUGUAG